UGUUUUUAAAUUUUGACUAUACGAAUUAAUAAUCUUGACUACGUAAACAGCGCUAAGCAGUCAUACAAAAUAUUUAAUAAUGCUUAACCACAAUGUAAAAUACAUCUGAAGUUGAAUGCCGUUCUGGAAUAAUCUACCCGACACUAGAUGGCGUUAUUGAACGAAGUAUAAAAAUGGGUGGAGAGGAUCACAGGUAUCAUUGUACUGUUUGCAACAAAGCGUAGCGAAUCUCUUGUCUGCUCAUAUAACUUUUGCUUGAAAUAUUUAACAAGUGAUUCUUCGUGAACCAUGUCUCUAAUACCAUAUCUGUUCGACGAUUUUCCAUUCGGACGUCCUCGUCGAUUAUUGGAUCAGCAUUUUGGUUUGGGACUGACUCCAGAUGAUCUAUUGACCGUUGCCGCUGGACCUCUGGCUACUCGCGAAUACUACCGACCAUGGCGGCAUCUUGCGGCAGCAGCACGCGAUCUGGGUUCUAGUAUUAAAUCCGAUCCAAAUAACUUCCAAAUCAGCCUCGACGUCCAACAUUUCUCACCUGAUGAAAUCAGUGUAAAAACCGCCGAUGGAUUUGUCGUCAUUGAAGGUAAACAUGAAGAGAAACAGGAUCAACAUGGCUACGUUUCCCGCCAUUUUGUAAGAAGAUACGCCCUUCCCGAAGGUUCGUUGCCUGAAACUGUGGAAUCCAAGCUAUCUUCUGAUGGAGUAUUGACUAUUACCGCUCCAAGGAAAGUUCCAGACUCUGUUAAGGGAGAGCGUAAAGUUCCUAUAACCCAAACCGGGCCCGUCAGGAAGGAUAUCAAAGAUCAAAGCGAAGGAACAAAUGAUAAGGCCCAGUGAAGUGUAGUAUUUUCUCAAUUGUUUUGCAUUCCUAGAUUUGGCAUUGCCAUAAGACUGAUUUGUUUUUAAAUUGCGUUUUGCUUUAAUAUUAUUUUCUAGGUAUUACUUAAACUUAAUGUUUAAUAAAAUUAAUUUCAAAUUA